CGCCCUCAACGUCCAGCCCGCCUUUAAAAAAAUGAAAAAGGGUAACCAAUAAAGAUCCUCGUGCCUAACCUAGUGACCAAUAAACGAAUGAAGCUCCAGCUUUGUUCGCAGGCCAAAGUUGCCCCGUUACCGACCAAUCAGAGCGCAGUAGGUCUCAUCAGCACCGAAUAGGGGCUUUCCUCUCAUGUUCUGGAGUUACCUUAUCGUGUCGUCCAAUAGGCUCGCAGAUGUCUUUGCAAGGAGCCAACCAGGCGGCGUUCCGAGUGACAGCUGACCAAUGGGAAGCGCUGUCUCUUCCCGUUCUCCGUUUUCCACAAAGGCGGGGCCGGUUCGGCGAAUGGAAGGUGGGCGUGUCGGUGCCUCAGGAGCUUCAACGAUUCAACAUGGAGGCGGCGGUUAACACUCUCGAGGCGAUGUUCCAGGUGGCUGAAUCUGAUCUGGACAACAUUCAGAGCAUGCUGGAGUUUGAAACGAUGAAAGGGAUCCCUGGUGAAUUGUCUCAAGAGGAAAACCCUCUGGCUCUCAUACAGCAGCUAUCAGUAAUGAAGUCACGUUACAAAAUGUUGUGCGAGCGGCUGGACAGGAUCUCUGCAGAGCAGCAAGAGUCGGUGCGUUCUAUCAACGCGACCCUCAAUAAAACGCUGAGGCUGGUUGAGAAGAUACAGCAGCAUGCCGGGAUUGAGACCUUGCCUCUGUCUGAAGAACAGCAGCUUGCAAUUCAGCAGAUAAGGUGCCAUGCCCUUCAGAAGACAGAUGCUCCAGCAAAACAGAACUGUCCAAAGGAACACCAGAUCCAUUGAUUCCAGAAGAACUUGCCGAAGUUUAAGCGGCUAGACAAGUUUGCAGAUGUUUUAACUUUGGUAUCCAGCUCUUUAUUACAUAGUUCCUAAAUUGUGUGCAGGCAACCAAGACGGCUGUGGUGUAAGUUAAUAUAUGCCCGCAAUCGUGAUAUUGUGUAACAUUAUGAAAAUUGAUUUUAACUGUCAAAAUGGUGAUAUUUUUGUUGUAUGGAAAUUUUCAAAUAGUGACCUUACGCUGCAUCAUGAUAAGGUGAACUACAAAGUGCAUGUGUAAAUACUACUUGCAAAAUAAAUAUUCCAUGCUUUUAAAUGGAUGAAGUAAUACAAAA